GGGAACCCCACCACUGCGCCUUCUCUGACAGGGCUGCUCGAGGCGGCCAAGUGGUGCUGUGGAAAGGCGCUGCAGUGCACGGGGCGGCGUGGCGCGGAGGAGGGAAACACGGACGCCUCCCGGUUCAACGCGGAUCCCGGUCCGUGACGCGAGAAUCGCGGACAGAGUGUAUUCUGAGUCAGCUUUAAACAAUGACUAAGACAAGGGAUUGCUGUUGACUAACAGCUGGACAUUUGACUGACUGGAAAGGACACUUUGAUUCCUGGAAGGACACACUGCUGUGUGGACACCCCGAGGAGAAGACCAUGCCUGACCUGAGCUGAACCUCCGGUCUUAGGUCUCAGCAUCUGGAGCACAGCGGUCCGUAUCAUCUCUGUUGUGACCGCACCUCCACUCUGCUGCAGCCGUCAGCCUCCUGCCACUACCACUGUGAGCAAGGUUUUUACUGCAAGACGGCCGCUGAUGCGGGCACCUGGGCUAUGAGCUACACGGCAGCGCCCAGCCCCUGACAGCGGAUUGGGACUCUCACAUGGAAGCCGCAUCGACACCGGUUAUGGGCCAGAGACUCCUCCCGCAGUGAACCGUAGCUCGUCGAGAACUCCAUGAUGGUCCCCUUGUUACUUGUUGCGACGGCCACAGAACAAAAGAAUGUAACAAGCCAGACUGAAGAACCGAGCUCUGAACAGAACCAACAGGUCCUGGCCACCGUCCUGGUGGUCUCGCUGCUCUUGGUCAUUGCCAUCCUCCUGGCCUGGUACUUCCUCAGGUUAAGAAACCAAAGGAAGGCAGUCGUCACCACAGUGGACAAGAAGAUACCCAAUGGCAUUCUGGAGGAACAAGACCCCAGCAAAGUUGUCGGAGGCCAUGCUGGAGUGUCACACACACCUACCACACGACGAGCAGAGCAACAGACGGUGGUUCUGCUUCCAAGGUCUUCCUCCACAUCCAAGACAUACCCGCCCAUCCCCGUGGACUCCCUGGAGGAGGAGUACAGGAUCCGGUUGGCCGACGACGGGAAGCUCUUCCGAGAGGAGUUCAACUCUCUCCCUGGCAGCUCCCCUCAAGGCUCCUACGAGGAGGCCAACAAGGAAGACAACAAAGAGAAGAACCGAUAUCCCAACAUCCUUCCAUAUGACCACUCAAGGGUGGUGCUCUCACUCCUGGAUGGACAUACAUGUUCAGACUAUAUAAACGCUUCAUAUAUCGAUGGUUAUCAAGAAAAGAAAAAAUUCAUAGCAGCACAAGGGCCAAAGCAAGACACCGUCGCAGACUUCUGGCGAAUGGUCUGGGAGCAGAAGACUGCCACCAUUGUGAUGCUUACAAAUCUUAAAGAAAGGAAAGAAGAGAAGUGUCAGCAGUACUGGCCCGAUCAGGGCUGCUGGACCUACGGCAAUGUGCGCGUGGCUGUGGAGGACUUCACUGUGCUCGUGGACUACACCAUACGCAAGUUCUGCGUGCAGUAUCAGGCCGCUGACGGCUCCAAGGCCCCCCGGCUGGUCACCCAGCUGCACUUCACCAGCUGGCCCGACUUCGGCGUACCCUUCUCGCCCAUCGGCAUGCUCAAGUUCCUCAAGAAGGUGAAGGCCGUGAAUCCGUCGUACGCAGGUCCCAUUGUGGUGCACUGCAGUGCUGGCGUGGGCCGGACAGGGACCUUCAUCGUGAUCGAUGCCAUGAUUGACAUGAUGCAUGCCGAGCAGAAGGUGGACGUCUUUGGAUUUGUUUCCAGGAUACGAGACCAGCGUUCCCAGCUGGUUCAGACAGACAUGCAGUACUCAUUCAUUUACCAGGCUCUGUUGGAGUACUACCUCUACGGGGACACGGAGCUGGACGUAUCCUCACUCGAGGGCCACCUGCAGAAGCUGCACAACACGUCAGCGCCAUCCGACAGGAUCGGCCUGGAGGAGGAGUUCAAAAAACUGACAAACAUGAGGAUAAUGAAGGAGAACAUGAGAACGGGCAACCUCCCCGCGAACAUGAAGAAGAACCGCGUCCUGCAGAUCAUCCCCUACGACUUCAACAGAGUUAUUCUGUCCAUGAAAAGGGGUCAGGAAUUCACAGACUACAUAAACGCAUCAUUUAUUGAUGGCUACAGGCAGAAGGACUAUUUCAUCGCCACCCAGGGACCCCUGGCCAGCACAGUGGAGGACUUCUGGAGGAUGGUGUGGGAGUGGAAGUGUCACUCCAUCGUCAUGCUGACAGAGCUGCAGGAGAGGGAGCAGGAUAAGUGCUUCCAGUACUGGCCGUCGGAGGACGCUGUGACAUAUGGCGAUUACUCUGUGGAAAUGAAAGGUGACACACUCUGUGAUACUUUCAGUUUGCGGGACCUGGUGCUCACCUAUAACCCGGACAAACAGACGCGCCUCGUUCGGCACUUCCACUUCCACGGAUGGCCGGAGAUCGGCAUCCCGGCUGAUGGGAAGGGCAUGAUUGAAAUUAUAGCGGCUGUGCAGAAGCAGCAACAGCAGUCUGGGAACCAUCCCAUUGUUGUGCACUGCAGCGCCGGUGCUGGCCGGACAGGUACGUUCAUCGCUCUGAGCAACAUCCUGGAGCGGGUCAAGGCUGAAGGCCUGCUGGACGUGUUCCAGACCGUGAAGAGUUUACGAAUGCAAAGACCACACAUGGUGCAGACUGUGGAACAAUAUGACUUCUGCUACAGAGUGGUACAAGACUUUGUUGACAUUUUCUCAGACUAUGCCAAUUUUAAAUGAAGAAAUCUGCCUUAAUUCUUUAAAUUUUUCAGU